AUGGCGGACAUUAACGAUGAUAUCACCGGGAUCACUGAGCUCCGUCAUCGCCAUGGCGGGAGACUAGUCGAGAUUCCAGGACCUGAUGGCGCGCAGAGGAAGGUUGCCAUCAAUAACAUGUCACAGGACGACUCGGAUCUGGCGGCCAGGUUUGGAUACAAUCCAGUGUUCAAGCGAGAGUUCGGAUAUCUGUCGACCUUCUCCUUCGCCAUCAGUAUCAGUGGUGUCUUCGCGACGAUCAUGACCACCUUCUCCUACCCGCUGGAAGCCGGCGGCAGCAGUGCGGUGGUCUGGUGUUGGUUAGUCUCAGGUGCUGGCUGUAUGUGCAUUGCGUGCUCGGUGGCUGAAUUGGUUUCUGCGUAUCCGACUUCUGGUGGACUGUACUUCACAAUCUCUCGAACGGCGCCCCGGAAGUGGGUUCCAUCGAUCAGUUGGCUGACGGGCUGGCUCAACUUGUUGGGUCAAAUUGCUGGCGUCGCCUCGUCCGAGUAUGGCGCAGCCCAGAUGUUGCUGGCUGCGGUGUCUAUGAGCCGCGACUUCGACUACACGAUCACCACCAACACCACCGUCGGCGUUAUGGCUGCCCUGACCGUUGUGACUGGUGUGGUCAACUCUUUGUCGACCUUCUGGAUGGAGAAGAUGACCAAGUUCUACGUGAUCUUCCACGUCUGCGUACUUGUGGUAUGCGCUAUCGCACUGUUGGCCUUAACGAAAGACAAGCACAGUGCAGAGUACGUGUUCACUUACACCGAGAGCGAAAGUGGUUGGGUGCCUAUUGGUUUUAGCUGGCUGUUUGGCUUCCUGUCUGUCAGUUGGACUAUGACCGACUACGAUGCCACGGCCCAUAUCACUGAGGAGAUCAAUGAGCCGGAGAAGAAAGCCCCUUGGGCUAUUUCCCUAGCUAUGCUUGUCACCUACCUAGGCGGCUUUUUGUUCAACAUCGUCCUUUGCUUCUGUAUGGGCGAUCCGAAUGAGAUCCUCAGCUCCUCAAUCGACCAGCCCGUCGCGCAAAUCUUCUACAACAGCCUUGGCAAGGGUGGCGGCAUAUUUUUCACCGUUGCGGGGCUGAUCAUUAUUAAGUUCGUUACUUUCACUGCGAUGCAGUCGCUUGGUCGUACUGUCUUUGCCUUUUCUCGGGACCGUCUGCUGCCCUUUGCCAAUAUUUGGACUAAGGUCACCCCCUAUACCGGCACGCCCUUGUACGCCGUUUGGAUUUCGGUCUUCUUCUGCAUUGCGAUUAACUUGAUCGCCUUGGGUUCCUACACUGCUAUUGGUGGCAUCUUCACUCUAUGCGCGAUCGCUUUGGACUGGAGCUACUGCAUCCCCAUUCUCUGCAAGCUUAUCUUUCACAAAAACUUCCAGCGAGGCCCUUGGCACAUGGGGCCUUUAAGUCCCUUCGUGAACGCAUGGGCUUGCUUGUGGACGCUAUUUGUCAGCGUCAUCUUCGUCCUGCCCACCGAAAUGCCCGUCACCGCAAAUAGCAUGAACUACGCCAGUGUUUAUGUGGUGGCUGUUCUGCUCUUUGCUCUGAUCUACUGGUACCUCGAUGGCCGUGCUGUCUACACCGGCCCGGUUACCGAGGCUAUCGCUGACGACGUUUCCGAGGAGGACAUUGUCACCGACGAAACGAAAAAGGACCAGGGUCCUACUGUAUAA